AAAUUUUUAUAAUAUUUUUAUAUUUGUAAGUCUUCAUCUUUUUACGCUUGCCUCAUAGAAAAAGUAAUUAGUGACUUGUCAAAGCAAUCAUAUGUUUCACUAAUUAGUGAUGUCAGUGUUUGUUUAUUAUUUACAACUUUAGCAUUAGUCGCAAGUUAUUAAGCUGAAACAUAAUGAAUGUCCCUGGAACCACUGGGGAAUCUUCGUGUAAACGACAAGAAAAUGGCGACGGCCCUGUGGAACCAGAUCGCCCACUAAAGAAAGCUCGUUUUGCUUGGCAAGUAAAAGGAAAAUAUCACUUAAAGAACGAAACUUGCGAAUCAAAUACUACGAAUACCAUGAAAGAUAGUGCCCAUAGUAGUAGUUCAUCACAAAGUCCUCAAGAACAAAAAGACUUAGUCGGAAACACAGAACAAAAUCUUGAAAUACUAGGAGACUACUUACUUAAGCAGGAUUUCAAUACACUUGAUGCCAUAACAGACUCAGAUAAAAUUGUUCUUCCUAGUACAUCUAGUGAAAAGCUGCAAUAUCCAAGAUAUGUUAGUUCCUUUGAAAGUUCUUCCAGUAAAGACAAUAGAAGUAGUGAUGAUGAAAACUCAGCAACACCCAUUUCAUUGUUACAUUCCAAUAGUUAUAGUGAAGAUCAGUGUAUUGCUCGAUGGCAAGCAAGACAAAUGGCCAAAUGUUUUGUGGAUAAUACAAUAAAUCGUGUUUUGGAUAACUGGAUGAUUGCACCCUUACCUGCAGAAGUAGAUAACAACCGAUUUUUAGCAUUAGAUGUUGCUGAAUUUAUUAAUAAUCUCCCAGGAGAUAACACUAUUGAAAAUGAAGGUAUACUUAUGGCAAUAUCAGCCCAUGGACUUCAAAAUACAAGCACAAGUAGCAAUCAAGAAGGAGAGAAAAAACAAUCAAGUAAUAAGGAUAUGUUUAAUACACCACCUUGUAGUCCUGUGCCAUCUGAAGACUUCACAACAAAUAGUAAUAAUAACAAUGACCCUAGCUCCUCUAGUGAACUGGAUAUGUCAUGGUCGUAUGAUGAUGAAGCAAAACCUCAUGAAUCUAAUGAUAUGCAGUUUUCAUACUUUCCAAGUCAUUCAAGUUCUUAUAAAUAUUAUGGAGAAAAUGAACUUGAUAGUUCAACAAUAAAUAAUGACGAAAAUACUUUAAACUGUGAUAAUGUUAUGGAUAAUUAUGAUUUUCUAGAUACUGCUGUUACAUUUGCAAUUCAAAAUAAAGGGCUGGCAUCUUUUGGCUCUGAAUAUGGGUAAUACUAAAUGGAUCAGAGAUCCUAAAGUAUUAAAAAAUAAAUUACUACUUAAGAUUAUAUUUUAUAAAAUUGUAUUAUGUAUUUUAAAACCUAAACUGCCAUAAGAACUAUUUGUUACCUAUAAAGUAUAAUAAUUGUAUGCAACUUAAAUCUAAGGAAAUGCACAGUUUGCAUAAAUUUAGGUGUGAUAGACUAAUUUUGUAUACUAAUUCUUUUAUUGGGAGCAUUAUUUCAUGCUUAUUCUGAUAAAGAGUUAUCUAUAGUUAUGAAAUAGUAAGAAACUAUAUUAUUAAUUAUGUUUAAUUAUUUAUUGAGAUCUGAAAAUUCUGAUUAUUUUUAGUAAAUAUUUUGGUGCUUUUUACAAUGUAUCAUCAGACUUUUGCUGAAAUUAGUUUUUAAUUUAAGUUUUCUCCUCAACAUGCUAUAUGUUCUAGUAGUUUAUAAGUGAGCUAAUAGAAUGCAGUUUGUAAUUAUAUUUACAGGCAUUCAAAAAUAUUGGUUGGCUUCUGACACAAUAGUGAUAAUACAUUCUAACUCCUGUGUUGUAAAAAUAGAAAGUACAAAACUAAUAAAUCCAUAUUUCUGUCAGAGAUGCUAAUUCUGACAUGCAACUUUAAAAGUCUUAUUCACAGUUGGCAUUCACUAUUAUUCCAAUUGAGUAUUGAAUUAAUUCCUCUUCUGCCCUUCAAAUUUAAAUUAUAGAUUUCGAUAUUAGUGUAAUUUGGUAAUGUCAGAAUUAGCACCAUUGCAUUAAAAGGACAAAUUCUACAAUAAGUUUACGUAUAAGCUAUAGGUCUGUUUACUAAAAUAAAAGGAUUAUAGCAGACUGAUUCAAUA